GAAUGACCGUCAGCGAUUCUGUCACAGGAGGGACCUAUCAGGCGUCUCUUUGGUCAAUGAUGAAAGCCUGUCAUUGCAUAAUUAUCGACAAGAAUAGACCUCGGCAGCUGCAGGAGGAUUGCAGCUUCAGCUGUUCUAGAAUGUUCCGUUGUCAUCCUGGAAUAAAAGGGUUCUGUUGCAGACAUGAUGAAUUUCUUUGCUUAAACCACUCCAUGAGAUCGUUGACUAAAUAUUCCAAUCCUUUCUAAUAACUCUCAACCCUAACGACAUAGGAGAGUUCGGACAACAGAAUGGGUUCUCAGGCAGAAUCUCUUACACCGCUCAAGGGCACGAAGCUCUUCUCGUCGUUCAAGCUGGGAAAGUACGACCUCUGCCAUCGUAUUGCCCAGGCGCCAUGCACACGCAUGAGAGGCGUCAAGGAGAGCGACGGCAUCUAUGUUCCCGGCGACCUGAUGGUCAAGUACUACAGUCAGCGCGCAUCCAAGGGUGGUUUACAGAUCACAGAGGCCACAGACAUUAGCCACUACGCAUCGGGAUAUCCUGGCGUGCCUGGAAUAUUCUCUGCCUCUCAGAUAGCCGGGUGGCAGCGUGUUACAGACUCUGUGCACAAGAAGGGAGGCAUCAUAUUCCUUCAGAUAUGGCAUACCGGUCGAGCUUCGCCUUCGUCAUGCAGGGAUGGAAUGGCACCGCCGUCGGCCAGCAACGUGCCAAUGGACGGGAAAUGGCUGGAUGGUACCCAGUGCUCUGAGCACCCACCGGUGCCGAUGACUGCAGAGGAGAUCCAUGCCACAACCAAGGACUUUGUUGAGGCUGCGAAGAGAGCUGUAGAGGCUGGUUUCGAUGGUGUUGAGAUCCAUGGGGCAAAUGGUUACCUGCUCGAACAAUUCCUGCAUGAUAAUAUUAAUAAUCGCACUGAUGAGUUCGGCGGCUCCGUCGAGAACCGGUGUAGAUUCCUUCUCAAUGUGGUUAAGGCCGUCUGCGAUGCCAUUGGUUCUGACCGGGUUGGCAUUCGCCUCAGCCCCUGGAAUUACUUUCAAACCACCAAGGAUAGCAACAGAUUGGGACACUGGUCAUACCUCUGUUCAGAGCUCGCUUCUCUACCAACGUCGCAGAAACCGGCUUACGUGCACAUGGUCGAACCCCGUGUCGACGAGGAGCUCGAAGAGGAUGUAAAAAUCGCCUCUUUGACAGCUGAACAAAAUACCAUCCCUUCCUUGAAGCCUUUCCGAGAGAUUCUGCAACCUGCCGGCAUUGCAUUCAUUAGUGCGGGAGGGUUUGGUCGAGCUGAUACCUUACCAAAGGUGGAAUCUGGCUUGGCAGACAUAAUCGGUUUUGGUCGCUGGUUCAUUGCCAAUCCGGAUCUACCGUUCAGGUUAGAGGAGGGCUUGCCGUUGAAUGAUUAUGACAGAACCACAUUUUAUGGCGCCGUUACCCCUGAGAAGGGUUACGUGGAUUACCCCGUAGCGGAGGCGAUGAGAGAUGCUUGAGCUCGUAGUUGUGAUUAGAGGUAGUAGUCACGGAAAUAGACCGAUAGACUAGAGGAAAGAUUCACAAAGUUUCCCUGAUGCUGAUAAUGGCUAAAUGUUGGGACAUGUGCUAUGUAACAG